GGUCCUAGGGCGCGAGGGAAGAGGCUGGCGGGGGGCGAGGGGGCGUGCACGUGAAUAGGCUGGCCGGAUCUCUGGCAUGGCCGAGGCCAGGAAGCGGCGGGAGCUGCUUCCCCUCAUCUACCAUCAUCUGCUGCAGGCCGGCUACGUCCGCGCGGCGCGGGAAGUGAAGGAGCAGAGCGGCCAGAAGAGUUUCCUGACUCAGCCUAUCACCCUUCUGGACAUCUAUACACACUGGCAACAGACCUCGGAGCUUGGCCAGAAGCAGAAGGCAAAAGAUGAUGUGGCCCUGCAGGCCAAGAAGUUCCGGGUGUCAGACCCCGUUAGCAGCUCAGAGAGCUCGGAAGAGGAAGAAGAGGAGGCAGAACCCAAAACUGCCAAAGCCACCCCGAGACUGACAUCUGUCAAUUCCUCCGCCAUGGCUGCAGCUUUGCCGCCAAGCAUGAAGGAAAAGGCCCAGGCAAAGACCAAGACAGUCAACAAGAUGGUCAACUCUGUGUUGCCUCCUGCAUCGGGAAAGGCAGUGGUCCACCUGCUCUCGGGGAAGUCACCCAAGAAGUCAGCAGAGCCCUCGGCAAACACGGUCUUGGCCUCAGAAACUGAGGAGGAGGGCAGUGUCCAAGCCCUCGGUGCCACUGCCAAGCCUGGAAUGUUGUCAGCGGGCCAAGCCAGCAGUUCCAGUGACGAUACCUCCAGCUCAAGUGAUGAGACAGAUGUAGAGGUGAAACUUUCGGUAAAACCAGCCCCGGCCAAAGUGGCCCCAGCCCCUGCCAAGGAGCCACCGGCAAGAACAGCCCCAGGCCCUACCAAGUUAGGGAGUGUGACGCCCCGGCCCCAGGCAGGCACGCCGGCCGCACCAGGGAGGACUGCAGACACAGAAGAAUCCGAGAGCAGUGAGGAGGACUCCGAGAGUGAGGAGGACGAGCCCCCCGCUGGGAUGCCCAGCCAGGUGAAGGCCCCUGGAAAAGUUCCUCAGGCCGGAGCUGCCUCGGUUUCUGCCAAGAUUUCUGGAAAAGGGCCCAUCUCAGCACCACCAGAGAAGACUGGGCCCACAGCCGCCCAAGCCAAGGCAGGAAGGCCAGAGAAGGAUACAGAGAGCAGCAGUGAGGACGAUUCUGACAGUGAGGAGGAGGAGGAGGAGCCAAUUGAUGUCUCCACCCCUCAGGCGAAGAUUUCCGGGAAGAACCCUCAGGUCAGGAGUACUUCAGCUCCUGCCAAAGGGUCCCCCCAGAAAGGGGCUCCUCCAGUCGCCCCUGGAAAGGCAGGGCCUGUGGCGGCCCAGGCGGGGAAGCGGGAGGACUCGGACAGCAGCAGUGAGGAGUCCGGCAUCGACAUGGGGAAGACACCAGCCGCUGCACCCCUGAGCACAAGUCCUGCCCAGAUGAAACCUCUGGGGAAAAGCCCUCAGGCCAGACCGGCUUCCGCUGUGAGCCCGGGGUCCUCAGGAAAAGGCCCUGGGAAGGCCGGGUCAGCAGCUCUCAAGGUCCAAACGGGAAAGGCAGAAGAGGACUCGGAGAGCAGCAGUGAGGAGUCUGAGAGCGACAGGGCCCUGACCCCGGCCAAGGCAAAGGCUGUGGGGAGGAGGGCCCCCCCUGCUGCGCUCCCUCAGAAGGCGGUGCCUGUGGCCACCCAGGUCAAGAGUGAAGGGCGCAAAGACGACUCCCAGAGCAGUGAGGAGUCCACCGACAGCGACGAGGAGGAGGCAGCACCAGCAGCUUCCGCUCCGGCUCAGGCCAAACCAGCUCUGGGAAAGCAGGCAAAGGCUUCCCCGAGGAAAGGCACCCCCGCCUCGGCCACAGUCGCCCCUGUGCUGGGGACAUCUGUGGGGAAGGGCCUCCAAGGGAAAGCUGCUUCGGGACAAGGGACGGCCUCAGUGCACCCUGGGAGGACAGGGCCUCCGGUUGCCCAGGUCAGGGCUACAGCUCAGGAAGACUCCUCGGGGGACAGCGAGGAGGAAUCCAGCAGUGAGGACGAGGAUGAGACCCCCCCAGCCCAGGCCAAGCCCUUGGGGAAACUUCCUCAGGCCAAAGCCAACCCCCCUCCCACUAAGGCGUCUCCAGCCAAAGGGCCAGCGUCUGCAUCAGGAAAAGUGAGCACUGUAGUUGCUCCGGCAAAGCAGGAGACCCUAUCCAAGGGAAAAGCACCCGGGAGUGCCGGUCAGAACAGUGCUCUCUCUGCAAGGGGCCAGCGGUCUGUUGCAGCCACAACAAAAGCGGGGUCCCCAGCGACGACCCAAGCACAGAAGGGGCCGGUGGCUGGAGCGGGGAAGGCCUCGGAGAGCAGCAGUGAAGAGUCUGACAGCGAGGAAGAGGCCCCGGCCCAGGUAAAACCUGUGGGGAAAACCUCUCAGGUCAGAGCCGCCUCGGCCCCUGCCAAGGCGUCCCCUGGAAAAGGAGCCCAUCCGGGAGCCACCAAGAAGACAGGACCUACAGCUGCCCAGGCCCAGAAAAGGAAGAUGGAGGACUCAGAGAGCAGCAGCGAGGAAUCCGACAGUGACGGUGAGAUGCCAUCAGCCGUCACCCCAGCCCAGGAUGGUCCCUCCCAACCUGCCAAAAGCAAAGCCUCAGCGCCAGCACCCCCAGAGAAGAACGGAGAAGAGUCCUCAGAGAGCAGUGAUGAGGAACUGCCAUCCGCCCAGGUGAUUAAAUCCCCUCUGAUUUCUGUCGACCCUAAUCGUAGUCCAGCUGGCCCAGCUGCUACCCCUGCACAAGUCCAGGCUGUGAACACCCCAAGGAAGGCCCAGGCCUCAGGCACCACGGCCCAGAGCUCCUCCUCUGAGAGUGAGGAUGAAGACAUGAUUCCUGCCACCCAGCCCACCACUCAUGCCAUUAGAACCAACGUGACUGUGCCCACAUCCCUCCCACGGACAGCCCCCCAACCCAGCAAGAGUGAGCAGUCUGGUCGGGUGCCGAAAGGCAAGAAACCAAAGGCAGCGUCCACUCAGAUCAGCAGCGCCGUGGAGACGCCCUCUGUGACGCACCCCCAGAGCACACCUGUCCAGGCCAGAGCAGCCAACAAGCUCAGAAAACCCAAACUUGCUGAGAAGCAGCAGCCUCCCCCAAGCUACCCCAGACCCUCCAGGAGCCCGAGUAACAGCAGUGAUAGCUCUUCAGAGAGCGAGGCGGAUGCCAAGAGACCCCAGAUGGCCAAGGCAGCCCCCAGACUGGAUCCGGACCCUUCCCAGAAGGAGAUCGUGGUGGAGGAGACCCCUGAUGAAUCCAGCGAAGAUGAGUUGGUGGCCCCCUCACAGUCUCUCCUCUCAGGUUAUGUGACUCCUGGGGUGACUGUGGCCAAUUCCCAGGCUUCAAAAGCCACUCCCAAGCAAGACUCCAACCCCUUGGUUUCCUCUGCUCCGGCCACCAAAGAUAACGUAGAUGGCAAGCAGAAAGGAAAACCCCAGAACUCGGUGGCAGCAGACACCGCGUCCCCUAAAACGGGUAGGAAAGAGGCCUCCCCGGGCGCCACACCUCAGAAGCCCAAGAAGGCCAAGAAAAGCACCCAGACCCCAGCAGCACCCACACAGGAUCUGCAGAACAGCAUCACCCAGCGCCUCCGGGAGCAGCCGUGGCCCCUGAGCGAGGCCCAGGUGCAGGCCUCCGUGAUGAAGGUCUUAACGGAACUGCUGGAGCAGGAAAGGCAGAAGGCCACGGAGGCCAUCAAGGAGAGUGGGAAGAAGGGCCAGAAGCGGAAGCUCUCGGGGGACCAGCUGGCGGCUGGGACCCCAAAGAGCAAGAAGAAGAAGCAGCUGGUGGCUGGGGCAGGUGCCAUUACCCCAGAAAAGACCUCCAGGACUUCCAAGGCAAAGGCAAAGCCAGACAGAGCGGAUGCCGAUGGCAAGGGGAAGGAGUCACCUGGCACCCGAGGGGCCAAGGAGAAGCCGGAAAGUGAGCUGGGGUUAAAGGUUGAGAGUGGAGAGCAGGGUGACGCAAAGAGCAAGAAGGAGAAGAAGAAAUCCGGUAAGAAAAAAAAAGACAAGGAAAAAAAGGAAAAGAAGAAAGGAAAAAAGACCUCAGUCAAAGACCCUGACUCGCUAGUCAAGAAGAAAAAGAAGAAAAAGAAGAAGACAGCCGAAACUGCCAUGUGAGGCCCAGCACGUAGAACAGAGUCUUGUCAGAGUGCGGCCGUCCUCAGACCUCUGACCUUGGCCAGUGUGAGUUGGGACUGGACUUUUUAACUUACCCUCCCUCGACAGAAGAUGAUGGCCGGCUCCAGCGUGUGCUGCCGGCCAAGCUAGUGAGCCUGCGAGGCGGCGGCGGUCCCAGGAGGAAGUGAGACGAAACUCACCCACCUCCUCUGAGUGCUGCAUAAGAUGUGUACAGUAUAUAUAUAUUUUUUUAAGUGACCUGCCUCUCCCCCUUGAAAUCCAACGUGCCCAAAGGCCUCCGGACCGACCUCCCUCUGCUCUGCAGACCCAGCCAGGUUCUGCUUGCAGUUCAUCCCAUUUCCUGGAUCCCUGGCUUACCCCAAGGCCUCGUCCUAUCAAUUUUCCAGCUCUUUUGGGUUUGGUUUGUUUUUUUUUUAAGAACUCAAAAUAAAAGACUUGAAAUGUA